GUAAGUCGGUGCUCACCUCUAAAAAUAAAUUUUUAGGGGCUAAGUUGUCUUCCGAAUUACAAGAAUUCACGGCUCGUGGAACAACUCUCUUUUUUUCUUUGUUGAAAAGCUUUAUAUAGCAUACAAUUUUAAGGGCAAAAUUACAUUCGAAUUUACUAUUCACGAGCACCAUAUCAUUUUAUAUAAUCCAUAGUAGUGUUUAUGUUUCUUUCUAAACCUUCGAAAUCACCAACGGGAAAAAGCUCCAAAGCAACCAAUAAAACCCACCAAAUCACGUCAAGCGAGUCCUCCAAAUUUCGAAACACCGUGCCUUCGUAAUCUCAAUUUCUUCUACUUUAGAAACCAACACCACGAUUCGUAUGGUAGAAGGAAUCAAGGAGGUAACUGGGUAAGGUUAAGAUAGCAGUUAGAACCUGAGAUCACUCCAAAUUCGUUUAGCAGGGACCAUUUCUGUGCAAUCGGAGAUGAGACUAUACGAUGGUUUCAAUGAGAUUUUAAAGAUUCAGAAGUUUCGGAGGAUCGUGUCCUAUACCGGAUUCUACUGCUUCGUUGCGGUCCUGAGCUAUGCUUACACAAGUAAUACAACGAGAGCCGGGUAUUCUAGAGCUGACCAAUUCUAUGCGUCUUACCCUGCUGGAACUGAGCUCUUGACCGACACGACUAAGUUAUAUAAAGCUGCACUUGGCAAUUGUUUCGAAGCGGAAGACUGGGGUCCAAUCGAGUACUGCAUCAUGGCAAAACACUUUGAGCGUCAAGGAAAAUCGCCAUACUCGUAUCAUGCACAAUACAUGGCACACCUUCUCUCUCAUGGACAACUUGACGGCAGUGGCUAAAAGGGAAAUAUCAAUGCUCAAACCAGAUGGGUUCAAAUGUAGUAAGUGCAAAAUUAUCUGGUGCCAAUCAAGUGUGUGUGUGUGUGUGAGAGAGAGAGAGAGAGAGAGAGAGAGAGAGAGAGAGAGAGAUUAUUUAGUGGAUAUUAAUGGAGUUAAAAACUGCUGCAGUUUAUUAUGCUACCAUUUGGUGGGAGAAACAAAAAACUGAACCACUGGGUUUGGUAUCUUUCGUUCUUUACCAUUAGUUUGCAUCAGACAUUUAAUUAUCAAAAAAAAUUUUGCAUCAGACAUUUAAAUCCAUCAAGUCGUUGGUAUGGUCGAUUUAUGUUCAUUCUACAAGCAAGACACAGCAUUUGCAAAA